GCCAUUCGAAUAAUGACAUCAUCAAGGCGCGCCGGCGUCCUUUAAUGUUUGCGUGCGGGGGAAUAAUGGCGAUGUGCACAAUAUUACGAUGUGCUUCUGUUAGUUUGACUUCUUCUCUGCCUCGACUGUCAAACAGAAACGCUCGGACUCCAGCUAGACUGCUCGCGAGGACAUGCUAUAAAAGAGCCCUGAGCACCACCACUCGAUUUUGCGCAGCACUGAAGUUCACAGACAAACACGAGUGGGUUCGCGUGGACAGUGGUGUGGCAACAGUGGGCAUCAGUAAUUUUGCACAGGAGGCACUGGGGGACGUGGUCUACUGUGGGCUUCCUGAAGUUGGCACAAAGUUGGCACAGUCUGAUGAAUUUGGUGCUCUGGAGAGUGUUAAAGCAGCGAGUGAGUUGUACUCUCCUCUGACGGGGGAGGUGACAGAUGUCAAUGACGCCUUGGCGGACAACCCAGGACUUGUCAACAAAUCUUGCUAUAAAGAUGGCUGGCUGAUAAAGAUGACUGUAUAUAUUCCUGAGGAAUUGGAUGGACUGAUGGAGGAAGCUGCUUAUGAGAGAUACAUCAAAUCUAUAGAGGACUAGAGCGUGCUGCUGGCAUGUUGCAUAUGGGGGAGAAUUUAAAAACAAUCAAUUAAGGAAUGUUUAUAGUAGUUGAUUUAGUUUAGAUGUUCUCUUAAAUUACAUUUUCCCAUCCACCCACACCCAGCCACAGAAGGGGACCACAUGGACACAACAUUAUGCACUUCGCUUGGAAAGCAACAAGCAAACCCGAUUGGAUUGAGCCAGUUACUGUAUGUAGCCACAGAGAGACAGACUAUGUAACAGUUUCAUCUCUUUUGUAGAUGUUACACUGUUCCUCUAAAAGCUUGUCAUUGCUUGGAAUAAGCUACAAAUAAAAUGUGGAAGGGUGAAUAACACCAAAUGUCCAUUCUGAGGACAGCUGUGAAACCUGGUGAAAUCGGUCUUGGUUUUAAAGAACUCAUAACUGAGUUAGUGAUUAACAUCAAUUAACAACAUUAAACAUCUAAACACUUACCUGCUUUAAAUGGUUUUAUUGCAUUAGAAAUCUUGCUUUUUGAUGCCAAAUGUGCCUCUGACGGAGAUCUAAUUUACAAAAUAAAGAGCCCAAUGUCUGCAAAUGAAUUAUUUUAAGUAGUAUUGUUUUAUAAAAAGCCUAUAAUGAAAACAAAUCUUAAGUCAUAACUUAUCAAACGGUUUUCAGUACCAUGAUGGAUGUGUUUGUACAGGAUAAGAAAAUUGCUCAUGCUGUAUUUAUAUAGUCAACAUGAAAUCAAAAUGGACCAUACUUGCUUCCAGGUCAAAAU